AUGGAGACGGCACACGAGGUGGCCAUCUAUAUCGAUCGCUUCCACAACCUGGACUUGUUCCAGCAAGGAUGGUACCGCAUGAAGAUUAGUGCCCUGUGGGAGGAUGACGAUCAUAGGGCACCAAUAUCGCCGGCCAGGGUCACCCAAUACGAAGCUGUUGAUAUUGGUGCGAAGGGCUCAUUUGGCUUUUGGAGAAUAGAUGAUUAUGACAAUAGCUUCUGUACACAGCCAUUUCUUGUUAAAUAUUCUAGGCAAGAUAUUUAUCUGUCAGUUAUGGUGUCUUUCUACAUACCCAACAGUGAAGAUGAGGGUCCAGCAACUUCAUCUAUUAUACUGAAGUUCGAUCUUAUAUAUAUCCCAACACUGGGAAACGGGACUGAAGUUCAAGAUUCAAGUGACACAGAAUUGGUCCCUGUCCAUGAAUUUAGGAUCCCACAUAAAGUACUCCUGGGUUUACACUCAUAUUGCCCUGUUCAUUUUGAUGCUUUACACUCUGCUCUCGUGGAUCUGACAAUACACAUAGUGUACCUCAAAGCCGGUGUAACUAAAUCAUCAUUGAAGCCGAUGGAGCAAAGUUUUGGCUCAAAGUCAUAUGAUAUUGUUAAGGCUUCACUAAUUUCUAGGGAAAUACUUCUUGAGGAAUUGAAGAAGAUGAGUAAUGCUAUUGGUAAUACUCUUGAGGAUUUAGAUGGCAUGGACUUAACCCUUGGUAAAUAUGAGACAAUCCAUCCAUCAAAGUCAGGUUUGUCUAGUUGCAAUGGGAAAGGUACACUCACAAAGUGCACUACUCCCCAGCUGACUGGCAUCUUACGUGAUUUUCUUGAGAGUUCUGGUGUUAUGGUUGGAAACACUUCUGAUGAUGUCAUGCUGUAUACUCUAUCCGAGGAAGAAUUGCUUGAAUUAUUUCAAAUUGUUAGCAACCAAGUCUCAUUUAUAUGGAAUGAGUUUUUGAAAUUUCACAGGACGCAUAGAGUCAAGAUAUUGGAUUAUUUGCAUGCUAUUUGGGAUUUAGAUCGGAAAGCAGAAUGGUCAAUAUGGAUUAUUCAUUCAAAAAUUGAGAUUCCUCAUCGCUACUUGAGAAGCAUGACUGACUAUUCUCCUCGCCAUGGCCAUUUGCUUCGGAUUUCCAGUUCACGGAAGGUCCAUCAUGAUCCUAUACAAAAUUCGAUGUCACAGGCUGAACUGCACAGGAAAAGUAUAGCACAAAUGAAGAUUAACACAAGAUCAAUUCAAGAUAUGCAUAUUUAUGCUGAUCCUUCAUGUAUCCCUGUUGUCCGGAUAGAGAAACAUGUCAUGAUUGUUCCGGGACAUUGUUCUAGCAAGGACUUUUUAACAGAUAGUUCAGAGCCAGUUGGCACUUUUCUACCACCUCUACUACGAGGACUAUCUUUGGAGGAAGAAACUAGUGGUUUUAAGAGUGGCUACGUAUUACGAGCUGUCAUUUUUGUUCAUGGAUUUCAGGGCCAUCAUUUGGAUUUACGUCUUAUUCGAAACCAAUGGCUUUUGCUUGAUCCUGGAGCUGAGUGCCUAUUGUCUCAGAUAAAUGAGGAUAGAACUUCAGGAGAUUUUAAAGAAAUGGGUAGUAGGCUUGCUAAUGAAGUAGUGGCAUUCCUCAAAAGGAAACUGGACAGGUAUUCCAAAAUUGGAGGCUGCCAAGAGAUGAAGCUUAGUUUUGUUGGUCACUCUAUUGGCAACAUUAUCCUUAGAAGUGCCCUCACAGAACCCAAAUUGCAGCCAUUUUUGAAGAACCUAUAUACAUACAUGUCAAUAUCGGGGCCUCACUUAGGUUACUGGUACAGCUCAAAUUCUUUGUUCAAUUCUGGCCUCUGGCUUAUGAAAAGGCUCAAGGGAAUGCAGUGCAUGCAUCAGCUCACCUUCAGUGAUGACCACGACCCACAGAACACAUUCUUUUACAAGCUCUGCAAGCUGAAGACACUGGAGUACUUUCAGAACAUCAUUCUAGUAUCAUCGCCGCAGGAUGGAUAUGUCCCGUAUCAUUCAGCAAGAAUCGAUCUCUGCCACGCCUCAUCAUCAGAUAACUCAAAACGGGGGCAGGUGUUCACUGAAAUGCUCAACAACUGCUUGGACCAGAUCCGUGCUCCCACAUCCGAAACAAGGGUGUUCAUGCGCUGCGAUGUGAACUUUGACCAGUCCACCCAGGGACGGAACCUGAACACCAUGAUCGGCAGAGCUGCGCACAUCGAGUUCCUGGAGAAUGACGUCUACGCCAGGUUCAUCAUGUGGUCCUUCCCAGAGUUGUUCCGAUGAUGAUGAUGUGUUCUUGGAGUGCAGAACUGUCAACAGCUGGUAGAAUGGUAUGCUAAAUCUUAAUAAUAUGGGUGUUGAUCAGGAUGGAUACAUAUAUUGCAUUAUCCAUUACAAUGUAAGAGCAGCAUCCGGGGUUUAACCAUUUCUCGGGGUUUAUAUUUUUCAUUAGCUUUUAGAUUUGAGCUGUGAUAUCCAGGUAGUAAUCAAAUAGAUACUAAGU